ACCCAUUAUUGGUUUUCAAAACUGGUAGUCUUUCCAGAUCUGCUAAACUAUUAGCACUUAAAGCCUUACAAAAAAUAUAUCAAUAUACAAAUGGUGAAUUAACUCUAGUAGGUUAUAAAGAACUAAAAACAUUUUAG